GUAGGUGCGGACUGCCGGAGAGCCGGAGGGCGUCAUUCGGCGGCUCUGCGGGCUGGAAGCGCUGGGAGGGCUGAGGCGGGACCCUUCGCAGAGGAGAAACUAAGUGCCGUUUAUUUGCGGUUUCACUCUUUCCUCUUUUUCUAGAAGCACUGCCAGUGUUGUGUCCGGUCCUUUAGUUUAGACUCCGGUUUGGGACCCGUGUUCGUGCCAGAUGCGCUCCGUGACCGCGGACCAUGCGGUAACAUUUACGGGGAAAUAGGCGAACUACUCGGUCUGAUCCACGCAGUGCCGUGAAGGAAAGAUUGGUGUCAACUGGUAAAGACAUUCCUGAACUGUGGCGAGCAAAGCCAGUGCAAGGCCAUUUCUGUCUUCGGAGGUACAUAAUGAAUGGACACACCCCCACCACCAACUCUGCAGGGUCUGGAGGGGACACCUCCCAGCUAAAUGAUCACAGUUCCCAGGCUGCUGACCAGCCGGACCAGAACCCUUCACCCACAUACAAUGCUAAAGCUAUAUAUGAGCAAAGGAAGAAAUACACGAAAAACAGUAUUAAUAGCCUUAUGGAAACAUCUCAGUAUCGUGUGGAACACUUGACCACCUUCUCAAUGGACCUCAAGGAGGCCAUGUUCACCGUGGACGACGGCCUGCGGAGGCUUAAGCUGCUGGACGCUAAGGGCAAGGUGUGGACUCAGGACAUACUGCUGCAAGUGGAUGAGAGGAGCGUCUGUCUCAUCGACGCCGACACCAAGAACGAGGUGGAGAACUUCCCUCUGAGCUGUAUCAUGCGGUGCCAGGCGGUGAUGGAUGCCUGCAACUACGACUCCAUCUUGGCCCUGAUAUGCAAGGAACCAGGCCAGGCCAAACCCGACCUGUACCUCUUCCAGUGCAACGACAUCAAGGCAAAUCUCAUCUAUGCAGACAUUGAAAGUGCCAUUUGUGACCUCAAAGCAAAGACCAAGAAGCGACCAGAAACCCUCCGGAUGAUCCUGAACAGUGACGGGAUCAUACCCCCACCCCCAUCAGAGCCAGCCCCUACAGCUCCGCCUACCGUGGACAUUAUGUGCAGAGUGGCAGCGUGGUUUCCCCCAGCAGCCAAUGACCUGGUGGAGUACGAGAGACACCCACAUUUCAUGGAGCCAGAUGAGUCACCGGAAGCGAUGGCCGCCAGAAUCGACCGUGACGUGCAAAUUCUGAACCACCUCUUGGGUGACAUCGAAUAUUUUGUCACCAAGCUCCAGAGGGCAGCAGAGGCAUUUGGCGAGCUGUCAAAAAGGAAGAAAGCAAAGAAGAGUAAAAAGAGAGGACCGGGAGAGGGAGUUUUGACACUACGUGCCAAGCCACCGUCUCAAGAGGAGUUCAUUGACUGCUUCCAAAAAUUUAAAUAUGCGUUCAACCUGCUGGCGAAACUAAGGUUAUAUAUCAACAAUCCCAGUGCAUUGGAUCUAGUGCACUUCCUGUUUACUCCACUAAAUAUGGUGGUUCAGGCCACAGGGGAUGUGGAGCUGGCAAAGAGUGUCCUCAGUCCCCUCCUCACCAUGGAGGCCAUAGACUUUCUGCACACCUCUGGUACGGCCCCAGAGAGGCGUCUCUGGGUGUCUCUUGGAGAUGGUUGGACCAAAAGCAGGCUGGAGUGGCCCAAAGACCAUUACUUCCCGCCCUAUGUGCCCCGAUUUCGUGACGGCUGGGAGCCGCCGUCUCUGCCCGUGGUGAUGCUGGGCCGUGCCCAGGAGCAGGAGAUGAUGGAGCCCCUUCCGGAUUUCGAGAUUCAGCAGCUGGUGGACGUAGACCGAAGGGUGAGCCUGGAGCAUGCUGGUGUCCCACAUCUUCCCCAUGCUGAUGGGUACGCUCUCGGUAACGCGGCGCACAGACACACACACUCCCUGGACCAGGCGAUGGCCAUGGCUGGCCGCUAUGUAGCUGGAAACUAUGAAAGUCAGGUUAGGACCCAGCCGAGGAAUUUCGCCAAGUCCAUGUUUGACUUUGUGGCCAGAAACAACACGGAGCUGACAGUGGUGAAGGAUGAAAUCGUGGAGGUGCUAAAUGACCGCAAGCAGUGGUGGAAGGUGCAGAACAGUGCUGGGAUGUGUGGCUACGUACCGAACAACAUCCUGGAGGUUACCAGGGUGAUGGAAGUGAGUGGUGGGCGGAGCCAAGACAUGGGCAGCCGCAGCAUUCAGAUGCAGAGGACAAGCACCGUCCAUCGGCCCACAGUAAACUCCUUCUCUUCUGCCCCGAUGAUGUCAUCCAUGGCACCUGCCCCAGUUCCGGCCCCACCUCCAGUCCCCGCCCCUGCUCCCGAUACCAGCCUCCUUCCCAGCUGGAUCCCCACCCCGCCCCUGCCUCCCCCGGCCCCGCCCCCCUUGUUGGAGCAGAGGGACUCGCCUAUCAGCAGCGGCUCCAGUGACAGUGGCAGCGUCAUCCUCGGAGAACAGAGGAAGGAACGACAGCCACUCACUCAGCGCAGGAAGUCCAACAUGGAGGAGGUUCAGGACGAGUUGCUGCACAGGCUCACCCUGGGCAGAGGCACUCAGAGGAAAGUCUCAGUCCCUCAGCGCAGCAACAGCCUGCCCGCAGUGGGCCUCAGCUAUGACUCCACCCCCGAUGAUGUAAAGGCCUGGCUGCAGGUCAAGGGCUUCAGCUCUGUUACCGUUACCAGUCUGGGCGUGCUGACUGGUGCCCAGCUCUUCUCCCUCAACAAAGAAGAACUCAAGACCGUGUGUCCAGAAGAUGGGGUGCGGGUCUACAGUCAGGUCACCGUACAGAAGACCGCCCUGGAGAGUAACAGCAGCUCCGAGCUGCAGGAGAUGAUGCGGAGGAGGCAGGAGAAGAUCAACAUGGCCGCCUGCGACUCGGGGGUGGAGUCUUUCGACGAGGGCAGCGGACACUGAGGGGGCCCCCGACGUCGCUAACCCCUCCCGCCUGCCCCCUUCCCAGGAGACCCCUGACCAAUCCCGUGAGUUUGCUGACAUCAUCAGGCACUGCCACGAGAGCCUGGAGGCAUGACGGCGGCAUGGAAAGACACUGCACCAGCUGACCAAUGGAAUGCCGCCCUGCGUUUGAAAUUGAGCUCUAUCACGUUUCCGUGAACAGACAUGAUGUCAGAAGCCAGUAGAGUUUCAAGGCACAUGAACGAAGCCGCUGGUUUCAUUACUUAAUGGUUCUGUUUAGCGUCCCAUGUUUAUACAGAACAUAUGAUAGGGUGAGUUUUAUCUGACUCCCAACAGAUGCUAAGCAAGGCGUGAUGCAAUUCCCCGGCGAGCACAAGAAUCAGCAGUUGGACAUAUUACCAAAACAUAAGUUUGAAAAAACCUGUUGUUAAGUCAUCCUGACAUCUGUUCUUUAUACGUGUAAAACCAAAUACAACAUUGCAAAGCCAUAUUGCCGUGAUCGUAAAGCCAAAUUACUAAUCACGCAAAACCAAAAGACCGGAAAGUGCAAACCAUCGGGUUCCUCCAUGAUACUUGGUGGAACCUCAUUUGGUAGAUGUACCUGGAGAUGGUAUCAGCAUUUCUCAGCAGAUGCUCGUCAGGACAUGUUCAGAUUUUCUUGGUCGCUGACCAGGAUUUACCUGUAUAUGCCCUGUAUUCAGUCCUCUAUUAGAAAGACUCAAAAUCAGUGAAACAAUACCUUGAAAAUAUGACUGUAUAUGACCAAACUGUUGGGAUCGCUAAUCAGUCCCAAGCAGACUGUCUAGAAUGGCAGCUGAACUCUGAGACGUCUUCCACAGAUCACUCUGUCCUCAGCUGGCACUUACUCAACUCCUGGUCAGACACACAUCAUCAAGGUAAUAACUGCUUGUCUGUACCCCAGUAAGCAUGUGACUAGGCAGUCUGCAGUGAUUGGUUCAUGAAACUGCUUAAUACAUAGCACUUGUGCAGAUGACGUGCGGUGAUCUCAGACUGAAAGCCAGUUUCUAUGGCUGAAUAUAUUAUGCGACGUGUAUAUAUACAGUUACUCUAGAGAUGAACUGAAAGCUCCUGUACUGUACAGGGAAGUAAACACAGGAUAAAUAUUUAUAAACAUCUGGCUGUUUGUGCAUGUGUGAAUGCAGGUGUGAGGAAUUACGGUACAGAUAUUUUCAUUAAGAAUAUAUGUAUGUCUACAUAUAGCAAAUCGGAGCAAAAUAGUUGUAUUUUUGUGACAGAUUGCUGGCAAUUCUCUGUGCGGGACAAUAUGCUAAGAAAUGUAUAACACCACUGUGGUACCAGUACACAUGGCUGUAAUUUAACGUGCCUUUUCCACCUGAAUCUGACACAAUUCUACAAUAAACAGUAUUAGAAAAUAUU